AUGGCUCAACUUGAGAGAUCACGAAGAUCCACCGAAAGCCCUCAAACGCCAAGGACUUCUCCAACGUCCCACCAUCUCCACAUUGUGGAACAUGAGGAGUACGGGACACCAACAUUGAGCCCGGGACACGGCUACGACGGAGAACCGUCGGAGGAUCCCAACACUGCUGGUCAUAACAAAAAAUCGGUGCUCGCGAAAGUGAAGGAGAGAGCCAAGAAGUUGAAGCAUACUUUGAGCUCGAAAAGUAGGCGACAUGGAAACGUCAACACGACGACCCCCAUGCCGUCCGGGGGGUUCACCUCCGAAGACAGCGACACCUUUGGUGACGCCGACGAUGAGUUCGACGAGGAUAUCGACGAAGAUCCCGAAUAUCUCGGCGCCCCAAUGUACGAGUCAGAAGCAGCGCCCGAAAACUUAAAAGAGCACGCUAGGCAACACCCGCGAGCCGAGCCCGUCGUGCCCGAGAGCCACAAAAUGCCGAGCGAAAACAAAACGACGCUUGACGAAGCUUUGUCGUCGGGCACGACCCAGAAGAUUGCAUCUUCGAUCACAAAUCUCGACGUUAAAACUCCUGAACUAGAACGCCCGGCGAUCUCGCCCACGCAAACUCGAAAUGCGGCGCAAAACCCACACGGAGUCGGGAGUCAGCAUACGAGGUACGAAAGCGCCGUUUCCGACGCACUCAAGGACGCCGCGAGCCCUACGAUAACGACCGGGGAAACCAGCGUGGUCGGCAUGGUUAAAGAGGCUGUGUACUCGGUGUUCGGCAGUCAGGAGUCGUUGGACGCCUUAGCAAAGGAUGCACCUGCAGAGAACUUGUCGUCGUCGACGACGACUUUACCAGCCUCGGAAAAUAUAUCGAUCUCUCGACAACAGAAUCACUAUGCGCCGAAUGCCAACUCCGCGCCUCUCAUAACAUUUUCAGACACAAUCGAAGAAGCUGUCGAAGAGCAAAACCACGGGAAGAUACUGCAGACUAACUGA